ACCUACCGGUACGACGCUAAAAACGGAACAAAAAACGGAACACAAAAAUCGCGCAAGAUACUUUCGUGCUGUAGACUCGAGGCCGGGCCGUGUGUGUUCCCCAGAGGUGGCAAGAAGCAACCAUGAGAAAGAAAAGGCACAGGCCCAAGCGGCACAGAAAAAAGACAAGCGAGCCCGGGGACAACGACGAUGGCAGUGCCGGGCAACAACGACAACAGCAUUCCGUCGCAAUCCUGUUCUGGAUCGGAAUGGGGCUCUUGUGGACCAACGGCAGGUCCUUUGUUUGGAUCGAGAGCCCGGCACUGGAGUUCUUGCAGCAGCUUCCUUCCAAGGGAACCAGGCCUGCGCCGGUGGUUUCCCMGGGGAACGCGACCGUGGUGGCCGUAGAUGUGGAGGCAGUGGAUGCGUCGGUCGAUGCGUCGGUGGCUACUGCAACGACGGAAACGACGGAACCAUUCGCAAGGGCGGCAACGGCUCCGAACGGGAGCACCACAAACACCUCGUCCCCGCGGAGCACCACAAACGUGCUGCCCUCCCUGGAAGAAUUGGUCGACAGCAUCACGAAUGCGACCCAUCCCGAAAAAGACUAUCCCUGYCCGGACGGAACCCUUCCCUUUGUGGACACGCCCCUCCCACCGGCAGAGACCCGCACAAAGUCGAUCCCUACCGUGGUCCAUGUUACGGCCAGGUCGCGGUGCGUCCCGCCAGCCAUCUACCGCCACCUGGAGCACUGGCGGCUGGAGGGGCACGCCCUGUAUUUCCACGACGAUGCGGCCGUGUACCGCUUGAUGAAGCACGCGAUCCUCGACAAUGCCCACCGGGGGCUGGUCCCCGGCCUCGAGGCGGUUCUCUCGUGCGCCACGGCCGGGGCGACCCUUUCGGACCUCUGGAGGUACACCCUGCUGGUGCGUGAGAUGUUAUGCUCUGCGCUGCGCUGUGUGUUGUGUUGUGCCCCGAUGGGGCGGGGACGAAGGCAACGAUUGUUUGUGGUCGCCGUACCUGCRUGGGAUGCGCAGAUCUUGCGGUGCCCGGCAUUCGGUCCCCGUGGCUUAUGUUCGUUCUCACGUGGCUGUCGUUCUUGGAACAAUGCUCUGGGCUUUUUCCUUUUUUUUCCCUCCCCCUCACCGUUCGUUGUCUGCAACCACCCAUCCACCCGGCUGUGGGCCUCUCUUCUGCGACCAUCCAACGUCCGUCCACCCCGCAACGUGUCGUGGCGUGGCGUGUGCCGUCUCGGCCGCUCGCUGAUUUUUUUUUGGUUCCUUUGAAUUGCAGUGGUAUUACGGAGGCAUCUACACCGACCUGGACAACCUCCCAACGGGAUUCAACGACGCCACGAUCCAGCCGAGCGACGACGCCUUUUUUCCCCUGGAAUCGCUGGGAAUCGUUUCCCAGUACUUCAUGGCCGUCUCCCCGCGUCACCCCUUGGCGCUGCUGGCACUAAAAACCGCGGUCCAGCACCUGCGCAAAACAAAGAACACCAUGGUCAACCGACCCGACAAGACCACCGGACCCAACGCACUGAAAAUCGCCUUCGUCCUGUUCCAGAGGGAGGUCGGCAUCGACACCAACGGGUACGUGCCGGCGGGCGUCUACGAGGGGGCCCUCGACGAGAAGCUGCGGAAGCACCUGGAAAGCGGCCACCGCGGAGCCGCCGGGGGCGCAAACGACAACAUCCACAACAACAACCACWACAGCAGCGACACCACCAGCGGCGAGCCCGCUGUUCCGGCGGCGGAUUCGAAACGAACCAUUCGGGUGGUGGGAAACCCCAAAAAGAGCAAAGAAUACAUACACCGUUCCGGGCUCGAGCACAGCCAGAAAAUAAGGUACAUGGAAAAGUUUGGCAUGCCCCAUUACCAUUCCGACAGAAAGAGGAACAAGGGUGCAACGGAAAAGGUGUCGUGCGAGAUGCACAUCGAACGACAGGAGGAACGAAUACGGGCGCUGAAUCUCACCCUCCCAACCACGGCGGCACCGAACGACGACUGGUUUCCUCGGUACCAAAAAGCAAACUACUCCCCGGACGGAAAACUUUUGUAGGAGCUGCAAUGCAAUCCAAUCCAAUCCAAUGCAAUACUGAAAUUCGUGUUGCCGUGCGCACCAGUCGUGGCCAUGCGGGCUGCCGCCCGGCAUUUGGAAACGAUGGUGCGGUGUUAAGGGUUAGGAGGCAGUUUUCGGAGACGUGGUACGUACCGGUACUGUACCAAUGGCAGCCUGCUGUACACCAAUACCCAAUGAUAAUCACGAACCAAUCRCCAAAGAAUAGCGUUGGCGGAGUUGAUACAGAGAGCAAAAUUUUCUCCGCUUCCUACGAGUCUCUUUUUCAGAGGAAAAAUGCAACACGAUUGAGGAAACAAACAAUGGCUCCCUCGCUAUCCUUGAAGUCAAGAGUCCCUAAUCAACACAAAACAGUAAA